CAGAUAGGAUUUUCUUCUCUUGAUGCAGAAACUUUUCCUAAGACAGGUACGAUGUGUUAGUGAAGCAGAAAUUUGAGCUGCGUGUCUAGGUAAGCACUUUAUAAGUUCUUUGUGCCUCACUUAUCAGUCCAGCUCUGAGAAUGGACACUAAGACUCGCUCACAUUGACAACAAGAAGGACACAUUGUCUCCUGAGGCAGUUCUCUUCUGUUGGUUUGCAGAAAAGCCAAAAAAAAAAAAAAAAAAAAAGGAUUUAGAUUAAGUGUGACAGUGUGAAGGGCAGACUAAUUAAAAACUUCUAAAAGGACUAAUUUUAGUAAAAGGCUAAAAACUAGACAGGGGCAUGUGCAGUAAAUUCAGACAAAAUAGGUUUGAGAGAGAAAAAAGAGAUUGCUAAAGAGGUACAGGCGAACAAGAAGAAACAAAGUUCUGAAAUCGAUAUCUGACAGCAGAGUAGUGAACUGAAUAUGGAGGUCCGUGGAAUGCAGAUCUGGGGAUUUUUUCUGACUGUACUAGGCUGGAUUUUCAUUGCUUGCUCCUUGGCCAUGGAGGGCUGGAAGGUGGCCGCUGUUGGUGGCCAGGGUGGCAGCUCUGUCAUCUACAUUACUUGGUAUUGGUCCAGUCUGUGGCGGACAUGCUCCACUGCCUCUAAUGCUGUCUCCAACUGCUAUGACUUUCCCAUGCUCUGGUCUGUGGAGAAUCAUGUCCAGAUUGUGAGGGCACUACUAAUGGGUGGACUAUCCAUUGGCAUGCUGGGGUUCAUUCUGAGCCUGGUAGGGAUGGAAUGCACUUACAUAGGGGGCAAAGAGAAGGAGAAGAACAGAGCCGUCUUCAUUGGAAGCUUCUGUCAUACUACCAGUGGUGUGUUAGCUGCAGCAGGGUAUGCAGUCUAUGCUCGCAACAUUACAGCAGAAUUCUUCAAUCCUAGUUUUGAAUUAAAGUUUGAUCUGGGCACACCGUUAUUUGUUGGAUGGGCUGGAUGUAUAUUUCAAUUCAGUGGAGGGAUCUUGUACAUGGUUUCAGUUUAUAAGCUCUGGUCUCUAGACAGGAGGACAAUUGACGAUAUAGUUCCUGAUGAAGAAGCCAUAGCCCUGCAAUCCAUUCCCUCUGAGCUUACCACCAGAUCCAAAGGGUCCAGUGUGUCUGAGCUGUCCUUAAAGUCAUCUUCCACUGUGUUCAGCGUCUCACAUAAGUCUCACCAUCUUUCCAAAGCCUGAUGUUUUUCAAAACAGAAACAUAUUAUGAGAUCAUGGGACUGUAUGUGAUUGGAACAUUCUUGAGCUCUUUCAGGUUUUCUUGAACUUCUUGAAAUUUUGGAACCUCUAAAUCCUGCUCUUCAGGAACUCAUUGGAAACUGGAAAAUAUGUGCAUAUGUCUCACACACACACACACACACCUUAUAAAAUGUUACAUAUGUAAAGGCCAGUGUGAAAGUUGAAUAAAAAGAACAAAAAUCAAACGAGUGCUGAUUAAUGAAGUGGAGGUUUGACGUUUGCCAUUAAACCCAAACUGGUGAAGUAGCAGAUUGUGGCAGUGAAUGUGCUAAAUUCUAAGAUAGAACAGAUAUUUGUAUGUAUUUAGUAUACUAUAAUUGUGUGUGUGUGUGUGUGUGUAUGAGAGAGAGAGAGAGAGAGAGAGAGAGAGAGAAAGAGAGAGACGAACUGGGGGUAUUCCACAAAGCGAGCUAACAGGCCAACAUCCUGGCUCAAUGCUCCAGCAGCAAAGCUCAGCUGCAACCUAUUUCUGCUCACUCAAGCCAAAAUCGGUCAAUCGAAGCUUAUGCAUGUGCAGGUGAUAUACACCGAUCAGCCUUAACAUUAAAACCACCUGCCUAAUACUGUGUGGGUGUGGCCAAAACAUCUCUGAGCCAUCAAGGCAUGGACUCCAUGGACUCAACUCAUCAGCCCUAGCAAUCAAGUGAAGAUGGCAGUAAAUGAGAGAGCCUGUUUAUUUCCUCCACCUGAACACUGAUUUAUAAUUAAAUUGUACAAUGAGUAUAAAGGCAUUAUUGCAAAUAAAAGCAACACCUUGGCAACUACCGAAGCUUGCAAAGCAGCAUGGCAGAGAAUAUAUGACAGAAUAAAUGUGUAAGAACAUGUAAUUAAAACAAUUACAUAAAUAAUAUGAAAGAGAAUUUAAAUGGCUUCUAUAGUCAAAAUUAAUAUGCUUAAUACAUACUGUCGCUUUGUGGUUCAAGGCUUUGUGCAUGAAGUUUGAAUCCAAACAAUUAACACGCAGCCUCUUUGUGGCAAAGAAGAUCGUUGUGGAGCUGAAUUGGAGGAGCCCAAGUCUGCAAGUAGAACCUGAUACUGUUCUAGCACAGUUUCCUGGGACCUCUCCAUCAGAUAUCAGGACUAUCCUUAGAAGAAAGGGCAACAAUGAGAGCUAUUCAAAGAGAGGUCAAGAAAGUGUUCAAGUUUACCAAAAGACUAUUGCUGGUGACAAAACCAGUUGAGAGACAGAGAGGGACCUAUUGAGUAACUUACUACAAGACUGACAGAUAGAGGGAAUAAUAGAUGGAUAGAGGAUAACAGAUGGGAAUAACAGACUGACAGAUGGGGCUAAAUGACAGAUAAAUGGGAUAACAGAAAGACGGGGUAAAUGAUAGAGAUAACAGACAGAUGGGCUGACUGACAAAGGAGAUAACAUACAGUGAAAAUGUAACAAUAGUUAUAUAUUUUCUUUUACAAUAUCUUUUUGAUUUAUUGAGGCUUUUAGUUACUUUGUUCAAUGACUCAGGUUGAGUGAAUUCAUUUAAAUAAACU